UCCGCCGGCAGCCUACAGGGUCCAGCGAGGUUACGGAGCAGGAGUCCAGCCUCAGGCUGCGUGAGAGCUCAAGUCUGUGGGCCGAGCUCGAGAGCCAUCCACCCAGGGAGAUGGGCUUCCUGACUGCGGUGACUCAGGGCCUGGUGCGGGGCGCCGACAGGAUGAGCAAGUGGACAAGCAAGCGGGGGCCGCGCACCUUCUCCAAGAGCCGGGGCGCCAAGAGAACGGGCGUCCACGCCCCGGACUGGAAAUUCGUGCAGGUACAGGAAAUGGUCCCGGAGUUCGUUGUCCCCGACUUGACCGGCUUCAAGCUCAAGCCCUACGUGAACUACCGUGCUCCUGCCGGCACAGACGCACCGCUGACAGCCAGAGCGCUCUUCUUGGAGGCCGUUGCACCUGCUAUCGAAAAGGACUUUCAAGAAGGCACUUUCAGUCCUGACAACCUGGAGAAGUAUGGCUUUGAGCCCACGCAGGAAGGCAAGCUCUUCCAGCUGUACCCCAAGAAUUUCCCACGGUAGCGGGCGGACUGUAACUGCAGAUUUGCCUGUUGACUGGGAUCACACUGGCCCAGCCUCAGAUCGUGAGUCCCCGGAGAAGUGAGGGGCACCUUCUUUACACAUUUCUAUUAAAGGCUUUUGCUACUCUAUACAGAAUGUGUUUGGAAUCUGGUCAUUGAAAGUACAUGGUAGUUGUUCUCGUUCUCACUCUAGAGGUGCCCCAUGUUUAGUCUACUGAAAGUAUAUUCCUCCCCUGAUAAACUUUUAUCACUUUCGCUACAAAAAAAAGUAUAUGACAAAAGGCCAGGCCUGGUACAGCAUUCCCGUAAUCCCAGCUAUGCAGAAAGCAUAGGUAGGAGGAUCAUAGUCUGAAGAUGGUUCUGGGGAUGGACACCAGUGCUCUGCCACUGAGCCAUAUUCCUAGCACAAUUUGAAAAGAACAUGAACAGAUCACCUGCUUGUGUAGUGGAGCUAAAAGAGUACAGUAGAAGAGCAAGAGAGAACUGCCUUGGGUUACAAAUUUGUGGGACACGUGACAGGUGCGUGACUUCCACU